AUGCUACGCAAAGGCAUCCGUGAAGCACUGAGCAAGACAGCCUACGACGGUCUCGGCUGGCUUGGUCGGAGGCUUCCCAGUCCCGUCUCCACUUGUCUUCCCUUGGACCAAUUGGAGACCUCCGCGCCCGAAGGUCAGGCAGCCUCAGACCAACCAAGUGGCGGGCAGCCUUGUCAACAGUCCGUUGGCCAGCCGAAACAUCGCUUCAGCUUGUAUGAUUCUUCAUUUGUAGCUAAGAGCUUGGCCGUCGGGAUGCUGGGCUUUCAUGACCCACGAUAUACUGGAGAGCUACAGCUGAAUGUAUCGGAUUGCCUUGGCAUGGGGCUAUCCGAUUUCCUCCUUCCUCUCAAUAUUAUCCCUCAUCCCUUUCCUCUAUCCAGACCCCUCUCUUUAACCGGUCUCAUGUUGCCCCAUAAUGCCAGGUUAGAUGACACUUUUUUGCUUAAAGCUACUCAGGAUCAGCCAGUCUCUUGCCAAAAGUCUACACUUCUUUUAGCGCCUGGCACAAAUAUUUUGCAUGAGGUUAUACGUCCUCCAGGUUGA